GCAGCUUGGGAUAAAACAGACAAUGAUUCAGAUAAAGGGUUGGCUGCAAUAAAACUAAAGCAAACAAUGGUACCAGAUACAAACAUUGUUUCCCCCCUAAACCUUAAAGAUCAAGAAAUAGAAACAUUUUCUGAACAAAUCCUUUCACAUGAAUUCAAAGUCCAGGUUGACAGUCAAACUAAAUGCUAUAGAGAAGAACAAAAUGAUCUUUUUGAGGCCAAAUGUUGGACAGGAGAAAGCAGUGCAGAUGAGGACAUAGCUAAAAAAGAAGUGGACAUGCAUUAUGAUGAAGAAAAAUAUAGUGCCAUGGAGACAGAGAGAGAGGUAGAAAAUGAUGACAUGCAAUCUGUAAAUCGUAGUCAGUUGUUAUUUACUAAAGUAAGUUCAACAAAUAUGUUAGAUGUCGACACAGCAUCUUCAAUAAUUCCUGCUGAAACACUGUAUGAAGAAACAAAAAUCAGCCACCAGACAUGCAACCUUCAACAUAACAAUCCUGGGGAAUUUCCAACUGAAUUGGAUAUGCAAUCAAAGGAAGGAGAUUGUUCUGAACAGAUGGUUGAGAAGGUAGUCAAAUUUUCAGAUGUAGAAACUGAGUUUGUUGAGGAGGAGAAUAAUGACAUAAAAGAAGAAAUAAAUGCUGGUUCCACAGAGAGUUUUACCAAAGAGGACAUUGUAAGAGAGGAUGAUGAGAAGGCUGGCAUGACCACAUUCAUGAAUGAGCUUGAAAUGCCAUCAGUCAUCACAUACACACAAGAUUAUGCUUUUACAGACCAGGCGUCUAUGGUAGUUGAAGAACAUGGCAUUGAGAGUCCUGAUGAAAAAAGGACCAGCCCAGUUCAUGCGUAUGCUACAAGUGAUUCAAUGGAGCUCAUUCAUGAAACACAAGUCACAGUAGACAUGGAGAUUUAUAAUCCCAUAGCUGCUUCACUGCUUCAUUCUGAUCAGCUAGUUAUAGCUUGCACCAACCCAAGCACUUCAGUACUAGAACUUUCUCCUCAACCACAGUCAAAGGAUUUGGGACAAGCUAAAGUAACAGGUCAAAGAAGGAAAAUGGGAUCGACUCGCAAGGGCAACAGAAACUAUAAAUUUGGAGGAAUUUAUGAGGAUGAGCCAGAGCAUAGAGUACAGAUAGGUGAAGGUGUUAAUGAUGAGCAAGAAGUUCCUGUAGAAACAUCCAUAAAAGAGGAUGGGGACAAAGAAGACCAAACAAGUCUAGUGGACUGUGCACCCAGUCAGUCUUCAGAAAAUGAAAGCUUCAUCCUACAAGGGAAACAUUUGGGCUUUGAUACCAUCAGGCAGAAUGAAGACUAUAGCAAAAAUGACGAACACCAACAUUUUGAAGCAGCUAUACAAAGCAAACCCACAGACAUCUCUUCUUCCAAGGAGGCAGAAUUGAGUCAAAAUAUAAUAGAUGAUCAAUCCAGUUCAAAUUUUAUCAUUAAAGACACACAGGAAGGUUCUCAUGCUGAAGAUAUAGGACAAGAUGAACUUACUGGAGUACAAUCAGCAUCUUUGAUAAAUGAACAUGAGCAUGUGACUGAAGAUGACAAAGUGGCUACAGUCCAGGUUGACAGUCAAACUAAAUGUUACAGAGAAGAACAAAAUGAUCUUUCUGAGGCCAUAUGUUGGACAGGAAAAAGCAGUGCAGAUGAGGACAUAGCUAAAAAAGAAGUGGACAUGCAUUAUAAUGAAGAAAAAUAUAGUGCCAUGGGGACAGAGAAAGAGGUAGAAAAUGAUGACAUGCAAUCUGUAAAUUGUAGUCAGCUGUUAUUUACCAAAGUAAGCUCCACAAGUAUAUUAGAUUUUGUCACAGAAUCUACACUAAGUCCUGCUGAAACAUUAUAUGAAGAAACAGAAAUCAGCCGCCAGACAUGCAACCUUCAACAUAACAAUCCUGGGGAAUUUCCAACUGAAUUGGAUAUACAGUCAAAGGAAGGAGAUUGUUCUGAACAGAUGGUUGAGAAGGUAGUCAAAUUUUCAGACAUAGAAACUGAGCUUGUUGAGGAGGAGAAUAAUGACAUAAAAGAAGAAAUAAAUACUGGUUCCACAGAGAGUUUUACCAAAGAGGACAUAGUAAGAGAGAAUGAUGAGAAGGCUGGCAUGACCACAUUCAUGAAUGAGCUUGAAAUGCCAUCAGUCAUCACAUAUACACAAGAUUAUGCUUUUACAGACCAGGCAUCUAUGGUAGUCGAAGAACAUGGCAUUGAGAGUCCUGACAAAGGAGGUACCAGCCCUUAUCCUACAAGUAAUUUAAUGGAGCUCAUUUCUGAAACAAAAGUCAAAUUAGACAUGCCAGUGUAUAAUCCCGUAGCGGUACCUGAUCAGAAGCAAAACAUGUAUGAGGAAUGUCAAGUAUAUCCAACAAACACAGAAUCAGAAGCAGAGCAAUUUAAAGGCACAUUUCCUAUUGUGUACAUAGAGGAGUCAAGAAUGGUUCAGGAUGAUUCAGUAGCAGAAAUUGUAGGAUUUAGCCCCUCUCAGAAAAAUGAGGUAGAUUCAUCUCAAAAGAUUCUUACUGGACACAACUCAGGAGGUGACCAGAAAAUAAUGAAGGAAACGGUCCAGGUACAAAACAUAGAAGAAAGUACACCAGCCUCAGAGGAUGAAACACUCAGCUUCACUGCUGAAACAUGUUAUCCUCAGUCCUCAGAGUCACUCAGUAUAAAAGAAUUUGAAGCUGAGAAAAUGGAUGAAAAUGUGAUUAAAGCUGUGGUUGUAAAUGAGAACACAAACACUUCACAAGAACAUAAUGAAACAUCACAGUACAUCUCAACAGAGCUUGUCAACACAAAUCAAGAAUGUGGUGUACUUGACAGACAGGAUGAGGAAACAGUAAUUGUAGAAAAUAUCUGUGGCAGGGUAGAUAACAGUCAUGUUGAAUUAUCAGAUGUAGCUGAACAUCUGGUUGACACGGACGUCCUCAAAAUGCAAAGCAGAGCAGAUGUGGCUGUACGAAAUGAAGAAGCAACAUGGGAGGGAGACAAGCAUGGUCAACCCAUACCCAGAAAAAUGGGAUCAAUACGCAGGACUCUUGGAGGAAAGAAAGAAGAAAAAGAUCAAGAAAAGGAUAUGUAUGAAGAGGAGAAAGAUAUGGAUUUCACAGAGAGAGCUCCUUUAUUUGGCCCAGAAAAUGGAGUUAUUGAGAAGAAGAAGAAUGAUAAAAAAGAAGAAAUAAAUGCUGGUCCUGCAGAACAUUUUACAACAGAAGCAGAAUACACACAAGAAUAUAUGUAUUCUGAAAUAUCCUCUCAGGCUUUUUCAUCCUCUCAAACUACAAUCAAACCUUCAUCAACAGAGAAUUCUGAUUUCCAAGAAGAGGAAGAAAAAAGUAUAGAGAAUGUGGAAGAUAGAAAUGUGGAAAUUGAUACACAAACCCCAAAAAAGAAAAAAUUUGGAUCAACACGCAAACCCCAUGGAAGACACCAACCACCUGCUGAAAGAAAGGAAAGAGAAUGGACAGAUCUGGAAAAUGCAGAAGAAAUUAAACAUCCAAUCAUAAUUCAAGCUGCUACUUUAAACCUGCUUACUGAACAAAGUACUAUGAGUGAAGUUACACCUAACAUCCAUGACUCAACAGUGACAACUGAACAAAUACAAAUUAACACCACAGAAGUAGAAACAGGGACUGGAGGGAUCGAUGCACCACCUGUCAUAUUAUCAGUUGAAGUUGAUCAGAUUAACACUGUGGUCUCUGAUGAGGUGAGCAAUGCAGAAGGACUGACUGAUAUUAUAGAGCAAAAGGAACAAUCAGGAGUGCAUGAGGAGAAGGAAUUGGAGGUCAUACAUUUAGAUCAGCAAGAAAUGGCUCCUGUCAUUACAAAAAUACAGGAUGAUGUCCUGAUAGAACAUUUAUCCUUAGCAGACAAAGCACACUGUACUGAGAGUCCUGAUAAUGAAUGUGCGUAUGAAGUUAAUGUUGAUUAUACAUGUGGUCCAUUGGAGCUCAUACCAGGAACACAGAUCUUGGCAGACAUGCAAAUGAACAGAGAAAAUAUUCAUACAGUUGUAUCUGAUCAGGACCAAAACAUAACUCAGGAACAGUUAGAGAAUCCAACUAACAGGGAAUCAGAACCAGAGCAACUUGCAAGCAUAAGCCCAUUAAUUCAGAUACAAGAAUCAAAAUCCUCUCAGGUUACUGCAAUAAAAGAAAGUGUGGAAUUUAGCAACUCUGGAAAAAGGAGAAAAACGGGUUCAACUCGAAAGAGACUUACAUGGCAAAUUCCUGGAAGUGAUGAGGAAGACAAAUCUGAAGUGAUAAAAGAAAACGAAAACAUACAGGAAAAAACCAUGGAGCAAAACAGUACCAACACUGGGGUUAUCAAGGAAGAGAAUAAGGACACAAAGGAAGAUAUAAGUGCUGGUUCUACAGAAAACUUUUCCCAACAGGACAUCACAACAGCAUGUUCACAACAAUAUGUACUUUGUGAAUUAUCCACUCAAACCACUGAUCUGGGUUUAACUACUGUUGAAUAUACUUCACCUGCAACAGAGCAUCCUGAUUUCAGGGAAGAAGAUGUGAAUGUGGAAAACAGAAAUGCAGAAAUUCAGAUGCAAACUCAGACAAAGAAAAAGAAGAAAUUUGGAUCAACACGCAGACCCCAUGGAAAACACCAGCUACAUACUGAAGGAGAGGAAGGAGAAUGGAAAGAUCUGGAAAAUGCAGAAGAAACUGAACAUCAAAUCAUAACUCAACCUGCUACUUCAAACCUGCUCACUGAAUCACAGAAUACUAUGAGUGAGGUGAAACCUAACAUCCAUGACUCAACAGUGACAACUGAACAAUUACAAAUUAUUACCACAGAAGAAGAAACAGGGACUGGAGGGAUCGAUGCACCACCUGUCAUAUUAUCAGUUGAAGCUGAUCAGAUUAACACUGUGGUCUCUGAUGAGGUGAGUAAUGCAGAAGGACUGACUGAUAUUAUAGGGCAAAAGGAACAAUCAGGAGUGCAUGAGGAGAAGGAUUUGGAGGUCAUACAUUUAGAUGAGCAAAAAAUGGCUCCUGUCAUUACAAAAAUACAGGAUGAUGUCCUGAUAGAACAUUUAUCCUUAGAAGACAAAGCACACGGUACUGAUAAUGAAUGUACCAAUGAAGUUAAUGUUCUUUCGACAUGUGAGAAUGUGGAAAAUAGAAAUGCAGAAAUCCAUAUGCAAACUCAAACUAAGAAAAAGAAGAAAUUUGGAUCAACACGCAGACCCCAUGGAAAACACCAGCUACAUGCUGAAGGAGAGGAAGGAGAAUGGAAAGAUCUGGAAAAUGCAGAAGAAACUGAACAUCAAAUCAUAAGUCAACCUGCUACUUCAAACCUGCUCACUGAAUCACAGACUACUAUGAGUGAGGUGAAACCUAACAUCCAUGACUCAACAGUGACAACUGAACAAUUACAAAUUAUUACCACAGAAGUAGAAACAGGGACUGGAGGGAUCGAUGCACCACCUGUCAUAUUAUCAGUUGAAGCUGAUCAGAUUAACACUGUGGUCUCUGAUGAGAUGAGCAAUGCAGAAGGACUGACUGAUAUUAUAGAGCAAAAGGAACAAUCAGGAGUGCACGAGAAGAAAGAUUCUGAGGUCAUACAUUUAGAUGAGCAAAAAAUGGGUCCUGUCAUUACAAAUAUACAGGAUGAUAAUUUGAUAGAACAUGUGUCCUUAGCAUACAAAAUGAAUAUUGAAGAGAGUCCUGAUAAUGAAUGUACCAGUGAAGUUAGUGUCCAUUCUACAUGUGGCCCAGUGAAACUCACUCCAGAAACACAGGUCUUGUCAGACAUGCAAAUGCACACAGAAAAUAUUCAUACAGUUGCAUCUGAUCUGGACCAAAACAGUACCAACACUGGGGUUAUCAAGGAAGAGAAUAAGGAUACAAAGGAAGACAUAAAUAGUGGUCCCACUGAAAACUUUACCCAAGAGGACAUCACAGCAGCAUGUUCACAACAAUAUGUGCUUUGUGAAUUAUCCACUCAAACCACUGAUCUGGGUUUAACUACAGUCGAAUAUACUUCACCUGCAACAGAGCAUCCUGAUUUCAGGGAAGAAGAUGGAAAUAGUAUAGAGAAUGUGGAAAACAGAAAUGCAGAAAUCCAUAUGCAAACUCAGACUAAGAAAAAGAAGAAAUUUGGAUCAACACGCAGACCCCAUGGAAAACACCAGCUACAUACUGAAGGAGAGGAAGGAGAAUGGAAAGAUCUGGAAAAUGCAGAAGAAACUGAACAUCAAAUCAUAACUCAACCUGCUACUUCAAACCUGCUCACUGAAUCACAGACUACUAUGAGUGAGGUGAAACCUAACAUCCAUGACUCAACAGUGACAACUGAACAAUUACAAAUUAUUACCACAGAAGUAGAAACAGGGACUGGAGGGAUCGAUGCACCACCUGUCAUAUUAUCAGUUGAAGCUGAUCAGAUUAACACUGUGGUCUCUGAUGAGGUGAGCAAUGCAGAAGGACUGACUGAUAUUAUAGAGCAAAAGGAACAAUCAGGAGUGCACAAGGAGAAGGACUCGGAGGUCAUACAUUUAGAUGAGCAAUAUAUGGCUCCUGUCAUCACAAAUAUACAGGAUGAUAAUUUGAUAGAACAUGUGUCCUUAGCAUACAAAAUGAAUAUUGAAGAGAGUCCUGAUAAUGAAUGUACCAGUGAAGUUAGUGUCCAUUCUACAUGUGGCCCAGUGAAACUCACUCCAGAAACACAGGUCUUGUCAGACAUGCAAAUGCACACAGAAAAUAUUCAUACAGUUGCAUCUGAUCUGGACCAAAACAGUACCAACACUGGGGUUAUCAAGGAAGAGAAUAAGGAUACAAAGGAAGACAUAAAUAGUGGUCCCACUGAAAACUUUACCCAAGAGGACAUCACAGCAGCAUGUUCACAACAAUAUGUGCUUUGUGAAUUAUCCACUCAAACCACUGAUCUGGGUUUAACUACAGUCGAAUAUACUUCACCUGCAACAGAGCAUCCUGAUUUCAGGGAAGAAGAUGGAAAUAGUAUAGAGAAUGUGGAAAACAGAAAUGCAGAAAUUCAGAUGCAAACUCAGACAAAGAAAAAGAAGAAAUUUGGAUCAACACGCAGACCCCAUGGAAAACACCAGCUACAUACUGAAGGAGAGGAAGGAGAAUGGAAAGAUCUGGAAAAUGCAGAAGAAACUGAACAUCAAAUCAUAACUCAACCUGCUACUUCAGACCUGCUCACUGAAUCACAGACUACUAUGAGUGAGGUGACACCUAACAUCCAUGACUCAACAGUGACAACUGAACAAUUACAAAUUAUUACCACAGAAGAAGAAACAGGGACUGGAGGGAUCGAUGCACCACCUGUCAUAUUAUCAGUUGAAGCUGAUCAGAUUAACACUGUGGUCUCUGAUGAGGUGAGUAAUGCAGAAGGACUGACUGAUAUUAUAGGGCAAAAGGAACAAUCAGGAGUGCAUGAGGAGAAGGAUUUGGAGGUCAUACAUUUAGAUGAGCAAAAAAUGGCUCCUGUCAUUACAAAAAUACAGGAUGAUGUCCUGAUAGAACAUUUAUCCUUAGAAGACAAAGCACACGGUACUGAUAAUGAAUGUACCAAUGAAGUUAAUGUUCUUUCGACAUGUGAGAAUGUGGAAAAUAGAAAUGCAGAAAUCCAUAUGCAAACUCAAACUAAGAAAAAGAAGAAAUUUGGAUCAACACGCAGACCCCAUGGAAAACACCAGCUACAUGCUGAAGGAGAGGAAGGAGAAUGGAAAGAUCUGGAAAAUGCAGAAGAAACUGAACAUCAAAUCAUAAGUCAACCUGCUACUUCAAACCUGCUCACUGAAUCACAGACUACUAUGAGUGAGGUGAAACCUAACAUCCAUGACUCAACAGUGACAACUGAACAAUUACAAAUUAUUACCACAGAAGUAGAAACAGGGACUGGAGGGAUCGAUGCACCACCUGUCAUAUUAUCAGUUGAAGCUGAUCAGAUUAACACUGUGGUCUCUGAUGAGGUGAGCAAUGCAGAAGGACUGACUGAUAUUAUAGAGCAAAAGGAACAAUCAGGAGUGCACGAGAAGAAAGAUUCUGAGGUCAUACAUUUAGAUGAGCAAAAAAUGGGUCCUGUCAUUACAAAUAUACAGGAUGAUAAUUUGAUAGAACAUUUGUCCCUAGCAGACAAAGCACACGGUACUGAUAAUGAAUGUGCCAGUGAAGGUAAUGUUCUUUCUACAUGUGAGAAUGUGGAAAAUAGAAAUGAAGAAAUCCAUAUGCAAACUCAGCCGAAGAAAAAGAAAUUUGGAUCAACACACAAACCCCAUGGAAAACACCAACUACAUACUGAAGGAGAGGAAGGAGAAUGGAAAGAUCUGGAAAAUAUAGAAAACAUUGAACAUCAAAUCAUAACUCAACCUGCUACUUCAGACCUGCUCACUGAAUCACAGAAUACCAAUACUGGGGUUAUCAAGGAAGAGAAUAAUGAUACAAAGGAAGAUAUAAGUGCUGGUCCUACAGAAAACUUUUCCCAAGAGGACAUCACAGCAGCAUGUUCACAACAAUAUGUGCUUUGUGAAUUAUCCACUCAAACCACUGAUCUGGGUUUAACUACAGGCGAAUAUACUUCACCUGCAACAGAGCAUCCUGAUUUCAGGGAAGAAGAUGGAAAUAGUAUAGAGAAUGUGGAAAACAGAAAUGCAGAAAUCCAUAUGCAAACUCAGACUAAGAAAAAGAAGAAAUUUGGAUCAACACGCAGACCCCAUGGAAAACACCAGCUACAUACUGAAGGAGAGGAAGGAGAAUGGAAAGAUCUGGAAAAUGCAGAAGAAACUGAACAUCAAAUCAUAACUCAACCUGCUACUUCAAACCUGCUCACUGAAUCACAGACUACUAUGAGUGAGGUGAAACCUAACAUCCAUGACUCAACAGUGACAACUGAACAAUUACAAAUUAUUACCACAGAAGAAGAAACAGGGACUGGAGGGAUCGAUGCACCACCUGUCAUAUUAUCAGUUGAAGCUGAUCAGAUUAACACUGUGGUCUCUGAUGAGGUGAGCAAUGCAGAAGGACUGACUGAUAUUAUAGAGCAAAAGGAACAAUCAGGAGUGCACAAGGAGAAGGACUCGGAGGUCAUACAUUUAGAUGAGCAAUAUAUGGCUCCUGUCAUCACAAAUAUACAGGAUGAUAAUUUGAUAGAACAUGUGUCCUUAGCAUACAAAAUGAAUAUUGAAGAGAGUCCUGAUAAUGAAUGUACCAGUGAAGUUAGUGUCCAUUCUACAUGUGGCCCAGUGAAACUCACUCCAGAAACACAGGUCUUGUCAGACAUGCAAAUGCACACAGAAAAUAUUCAUACAGUUGCAUCUGAUCUGGACCAAAACAGUACCAACACUGGGGUUAUCAAGGAAGAGAAUAAGGAUACAAAGGAAGACAUAAAUAGUGGUCCCACUGAAAACUUUACCCAAGAGGACAUCACAGCAGCAUGUUCACAACAAUAUGUGCUUUGUGAAUUAUCCACUCAAACCACUGAUCUGGGUUUAACUACAGUCGAAUAUACUUCACCUGCAACAGAGCAUCCUGAUUUCAGGGAAGAAGAUGGAAAUAGUAUAGAGAAUGUGGAAAACAGAAAUGCAGAAAUUCAGAUGCAAACUCAGACAAAGAAAAAGAAGAAAUUUGGAUCAACACGCAGACCCCAUGGAAAACACCAGCUACAUACUGAAGGAGAGGAAGGAGAAUGGAAAGAUCUGGAAAAUAUAGAAAACAUUGAACAUCAAAUCAUAACUCAACCUGCUACUUCAGACCUGCUCACUGAAUCACAGAAUACCAAUACUGGGGUUAUCAAGGAAGAGAAUAAUGAUACAAAGGAAGAUAUAAGUGCUGGUCCUACAGAAAACUUUACCCAAGAGGACAUCACAGCAGCAUGUUCACAACAAUAUGUGCUUUGUGAAUUAUCCACUCAAACCACUGAUCUGGGUUUAACUACAGUCGAAUAUACUUCACCUGCAACAGAGCAUCCUGAUUUCAGGGAAGAAGAUGGAAAUAGUAUAGAGAAUGUGGAAAACAGAAAUGCAGAAAUUCAGAUGCAAACUCAGACAAAGAAAAAGAAGAAAUUUGGAUCAACACGCAGACCCCAUGGAAAACACCAGCUACAUACUGAAGGAGAGGAAGGAGAAUGGAAAGAUCUGGAAAAUGCAGAAGAAACUGAACAUCAAAUCAUAACUCAACCUGCUACUUCAGACCUGCUCACUGAAUCACAGACUACUAUGAGUGAGGUGAAACCUAACAUCCAUGACUCAACAGUGACAACUGAACAAUUACAAAUUAUUACCACAGAAGUAGAAACAGGGACUGGAGGGAUCGAUGCACCACCUGUCAUAUUAUCAGUUGAAGCUGAUCAAAUUAACACUGUGGUCUCUGAUGAGAUGAGCAAUGCAGAAGGACUGACUGAUAUAGGGCAAAAGGAACAAUCAGGAGUGCACGAGGAGAAGAAUUUGGAGGUCAUACAUUUAGAUCAGCAAAAAAUGGCUCCUGUCAUCACAAAUAUACAGGAUGAUGUCCUGAUAGAACAUUUAUCCUUAGAAGACAAAGCACACGGUACUGAUAAUGAAUGUACCAAUGAAGUUAAUGUUCUUUCGACAUGUGUGAAUGUGGAAAAUAGAAAUGCAGAAAUCCAUAUGCAAACUCAAACUAAGAAAAAGAAGAAAUUUGGAUCAACACGCAGACCCCAUGGAAAACACCAGCUACAUACUGAAGGAGAGGAAGGAGAAUGGAAAGAUCUGGAAAAUGCAGAAGAAACUGAACAUCAAAUCAUAACUCAACCUGCUACUUCAGACCUGCUCACUGAAUCACAGACUACUAUGAGUGAGGUGAAACCUAACAUCCAUGACUCAACAGUGACAACUGAACAAUUACAAAUUAUUACCACAGAAGUAGAAACAGGGACUGGAGGGAUCGAUGCACCACCUGUCAUAUUAUCAGUUGAAGCUGAUCAGAUUAACACUGUGGUCUCUGAUGAGAUGAGCAAUGCAGAAGGACUGACUGAUAUUAUAGAGCAAAAGGAACAAUCAGGAGUGCACGAGGAGAAGAAUUUGGAGGUCAUACAUUUAGAUCAGCAAGAAAUGGCUCCUGUCAUUACAAAAAUACAGGAUGAUGUCCUGAUAGAACAUUUAUCCUUAGCAGACAAAGCACACGGUGCUGAUAAUGAAUAUGCCAGCGAAGUUAAUGUUCUUUCUACAUGUGAGAAUGUGGAAAAUAGAAAUGAAGAAAUCCAUAUGCAAACUCAGACAAAGAAAAAGAAGAAAUUUGGAUCAACACGCAGACCCCAUGGAAAACACCAGCUACAUGCUGAAGGAGAGGAAGAAGAAUGGAAAGAUCUGGAAAAUAUAGAAGAAAUACAAAACAUAGAUCAAGCAGCUAGUUCAAACUUGCUUACUGAGCUACAGAAUGCUAUUAGUGAGUUGUCAGUUGAUACCCUUGUACCAUCCUUGAGAACUGAGCAGGAUUUGGGGUGUGUUGAAAAUGCAAAUGCCACUCAAUUAGCAUAUCCUACUCAUGGCCAAAUGGAACUUCGUCCUGAAGCACAAGCUAGAUUAGACAUGCCACUUGUAUCUGAACAGUACCAUACAAUGUUUAAAGAACCUCUAGAGAAUCAACAAAACAAGGAAUCAGAAACAGAGCAAUUUGAAACCACAUGCCCAGUUGUUCACAUGCAGGAAUUGAAAUUAGCCCCUGAUGAUAUGGCGAGACAGAGUUUAGGAGAUAGUCACUCUGGUAGAAAGAGGAAGAUCGGUUCAACUAGAAGGAGUCUAAGAGUGGUGAAGGAAAAAGAAAACAUCCAGGAACAAACAACGGAAGAAAGUCCACCAAACUCAGAGAAAGAUCAUGUGCAAAAAAUGGCAUACCAAUUAACUACCAAAAUAUCUCAUCAAUCCAUGCAAACACUUUCUGAGCCACUAAAUAUCAUAGAACAUGAGUCAGAAAAUGUGGACUCUAUUUGCGAGAACCUUGAGGAAGGACAGAGUAAGCAGGAAGCAUGGCAAAGAACUACAGAUAUCAACCCAAGAUAUGCUGGAAAUAAAGAUUACUUAAAAUUAGUAUCAAUAGAAGACACAGUUAAUCCUGAGUCGAGCUCUUGUGACACAAAGACAAGCAUACAAGAGUAUGAAACACAAACUCCCGAUAAACUUGAACAGUCAGAAGGCUCCCUUCUCAGUGAGAUUGAGCUUUACCUGAAUAAAAGUUUUGAAAAUACCCUAAAUACUACAGCUCUUAACCCUAAUCCAUCAGAAUUGUCAGAACCAACAUCUCAAAACCCUCAAAUUCAUAUGGAACAGAGCUCCCCAGCAAGAAGGAGAAAAAUGGGGUCAAGUCGCAAGGUGUCUAGAAACAAGCAUUCAGAAAAAAUAUCCAAUGAGAGCAGAGAGUCUGAACAGGAAAAUGAGAAUUUGGACAGGAAUAUUGUUCAAAAUAGUGAUCCUAAAAGAGAGCUAAAGACAGUUAAAGAAACUGUCAUGGCAGAAGGUACAGAAGACAUGACAGAAUCAUCUGAACUCACGCCUGAAGUCCAAGGUCUCUGUCAAAUGAAUGAAAGUAGUACACAAGCCACAGAACAAGCAUUUCCAGAAGGUAGACGAAAGUUUGGGACCAGACGCACAGCAAAGGCAAGCAGUGGUCUAGGUGCAUUUACACAUGGUGAUUAUGAAAGCAACCAGGAAAACACAGAUAUUCAAGUGACUAAGGAUGACUUGAGGGUUUCUGAUCCAUAUUUUAUCUCAGAACCAGAGAGUCCACCAAUCUCUCACCCAGACUCUGAGACAAGACCAGAAAUUGUAGAGGUUAGAAAAGCUGGUGGGAAAGAUACAAACACAUCUAUUGAAGCUGGCCUUGUUUCUCUGGACAGCAUUGUGAAACCUUCAACAUCUGUUGUCAGCACUGGAGGGAGACAGAAAAUAGACUUUGAGCAAUGGAAUGAGCAAAUUCCAGAUUUUGGACAAACCAUAUAUAACAUUGUGCUGGUGGGAAACAGCAAUGUGGGCAAGACGUCCUUCAUAAAACGUUUACAGAGCGGACAAUUCAUCCGGGAUUAUAGCGCUACUAUUGGUGUCGACACCUUUGUUCAUACUGUUACAUUUGGUAGUGGAACAGUCAAACUGUAUGUGUGGGACACAGCAGGUCAGGAGAGGUAUCACAGCAUCACUAGGCAGGUCUUCCACAAGGCCCAGGGGCUUCUACUGAUGUAUGAUAUCACAUCACCUCAGAGUUUCCAUGCUGUUCGUGCCUGGAUCUCCCAGAUUAAGGAAAAUGCUCCACCAGAUGUCAUCUUGAUGUUACUUGGCAACAAAAGUGAUUGUGAGACUGAUCGAGAAGUCCAGCUACAGCAAGGGGAGAAUCUGUCAAAUGAGUAUGACAUUCAUUUUAUGGAGUGCAGUGUUGCAACUGGUGAGAAUGUGUCAGAAUCUCUGAAGACUCUGGCAUGGUUACUGGUAAAACAGGGAGUGAGGAAAGAGGAGGAAUAUACAACAUUGCAACCAAAGCCACAAAAUAAGAAGUCAGGUUGCUGUUGAAAACUUUUAUGCUGUAAACACACACACACACACACAUCUUUGUCCAUAUACU